AUGAAGGCACCACCACCCAUCAUCCCAGAGGACGUUAUCUUUGAGAUUGUCAAGAUUCCAACAGAGGAUGGCUAUCAGCUGCCAGUUUACCAUUUUAAAAAACGGGACACGAAUACAUCCGAUAGUCUCUCGGCAGCAGUACUUCAUGCUCAUGGCGGUGGACUGAUUACAAUGACUCCCGAGAUCAGUAUCGAACGACUUGUGCACACGGUUUCCGACACUGGAGUCCAGGCAUUCUCUGUCGACUACAGACUGGCACCAGAGCAUCGUUAUCCUACCGCAUUGAACGACUGCUGGACCUGUCUCACUUGGCUUCACUCCAACUCACGCACUCUACGCAUCGACCCGGCGAGGAUUGCUGUCAUGGGUGAGAGUGCAGGGGGUGGUCUCGCCGCAGCAUUGACACUCCGGGCUCGAGACGUCAACCUGUCUCCUCCAAUUGCCCGACAGAUUCUUUCGUCCCCAAUGUUGGAUGACAGAACCAAUUCCGAGGUUCCUGGCGCUUUCAAGCUAUGGGACGCAGAAGACAACUUGACAGCCUGGACAGCUUACCUCGGAAGGACCCCUGGAGGUGAAGACACCCCGGUCUUUGCGGCACCCGGUCGUCUCAAGGAUGCUGCUGGUUUGCCAACACUUUAUCUAGACACCAGCCAGUUCGACCUGUUUGUUGCGGAGAACCUAGCCUAUGUGCAGAAAUUCAUUGAAGCUGGUGUCGAGGCGGAAUGUCAUCUCUAUCCCGGUCUUCCUCAUGGUUUUGAUGGGCUUGUGCCAACGCAUAGCGUGACACGGCAAUUGGAGGAGAAUAGGAAGCGGAUCUUGAAGCGUCUGUAG